CACCCAGAUUUGGAUCUGGACCACAGAACACAGCACUUGCCAUGCAACCUCAAACGAGUGUACUCUCGAACGGUGAGACGCAGGUGACUCAGGGGUCAUCCAGUACCUCUUUUGAAACCAAACCCAUGCCAUUCAUCCACCGAUUCAUCACCAACUGGUUGAUCACGGACCCUAGCUUGAGCGAGAAGUAUCACCACGAUGUCCCUUCACAAGCCAAAAAGAAUUACCAGAUUCAGCCACACGAAGAAAUGAAAUUCAUCUAUUUCUUUGGGGGACGAUGGAGAAGUCUUAAACAGAAACCUAUCAACUUGGUAACUGGAGUUCUAGCCAUUAUACCAGCCGUCAUUUUUUGGAUAUUCGAGAGCUCAUGGGUGUGGCACCAAAUAAGCCCAUCACUAGUCAUUAUCUUCACCUAUUUUUGGGUGCUCUCGUUUACCCUAUUUGUUCGGUCGUCUGUGUCGGACCCGGGAGUAUUACCUAGAAACAUUCACAUCCCAGUUUCAUUCAAACAGUCUAAGGUGGAUCAUGCCCCAGACGAGUACUUCAACACCAUUGCUCUUCCUUAUUAUAAAAGUGAAUAUGAUGGGGUUACAGUAAAGUACUGUACAACAUGCCACAUUUGGAGACCUCCUCGUACAAGUCAUUGUGGAGUCUGCAACUCAUGUUGUUCCAACCAUGAUCAUCACUGCAUAUUUUUGAACAACUGUGUAGGCUAUCGGAACUACAAAUACUUCCUUUGGUUCCUAUUAACUGCGGUAUUAUCUUCAUUUUUCAUCAUAAUCUUGCCAUUUAUUCAUUUGUUCCACUACAAGCUAGUUGCAUCGUCGGAAAUUCAUUCUAUUCAUCAGUCAAUUCGAGAAAACCCUAUGAGUUUGUUCUUGAUCAUCUACGGAUUUUUGUGUGGAGCAUACCCUUUCUUGUUGUUGUGUUUCCAUCUAUUCUUAACAGCGUGCAAUAUCACCACCAGGGAGUAUCUUAAUUACGUUCACGGAUCCAAUGGCCAAGCAACUUCUAAGCAUAAACAAGGAUCGGACGGGUUUAUCAACGUUUUUGACACCAGAUCCGCCUGGAAAAAUUUGUACAUCAACUGGUUGGGAAGGCCUACCAGGCUAGCUGCUGUGAAGCUUUCCGAAGAUUUCCAACAGGGAGAUUUACGAUUCAAAAAGGUCUAUCCAUUAGAAACAUUUGAAGUUUAAUUAUGAACCACAUAAUAUGCGCAGGCGCAUAUUCCAAUUCUUAGAUCACUAGCAUCAGACAGAACGGUAUGUUACGUAGUCGUAAAACAAUAUAUACAAAUAUAUACAAGCAUG